AGUUGUACCGGGUGAGGGAAGUGGGCUAGUGUUUGAGAAACAGAAACAAGACUAAUUUACUUUGGAGUUUUCUUCUUUCCUUUAUAAGAUGGGAGUUUUUAAUUCUUUAGGACUUUGUUUACCUGUUUUGUUUUCUUUACUUUUUACAGAAAUAACCUUUGCGGACCAAAGAUUUGACAUCGUUGAAACAAAAUUCAUCGAAGAUGUGUGUCCUUACAAUGAUACUUUGGAGUUAUUUCUCUCAGCUACUGGAAUGCGAUCUGCUCUCAGACUGAAAAAUAUGAUGACUAAAGGUUAUAGUAACUGCACUAUUGUUAUUUAUAGUGCUUUGACUGGUGUGAUUGUUAACUUGGAUGCUGGUCCUUACAGACCUGAUGCCGUAUAUGAAGGGUGUAAAGAUUAUAUUCAGCUGGUACCAGGCUACAAUAAGACAAGAAAUUAUAAUGAUAAAGCAACAUCUCUUGUAUCCGAUGGCAAUAAAAUUGUGUUCAGAUUCUUAAAAACAUAUAAUGGAGAUUACUUGGAGAGAAGCUGCAUCAUUCUUACAACUGCCUAUAGAAGAGGUAAUGGCAGAUGCUCUGAUAAUGAAUUCAUGUGUGGUUCUGGUGAAUGCAUUUGGAAAGAAUUCCAGUGUGAUGGACAAUUAAACUGCCCAGAUGGAAGUGAUGAGUUUGGUCCUAGAAGUAGGAUAUGCAGUAUCCAAGUUAGUAAGAUGCCUCUCACCUUACAUCCUGCUGAUAUUAAAUGGAAGUUAACAGUUCCAACCACUGAGGCCAUUGAGGUGGAAUUGGAAAAUACCUUUAAUGUAGCUAUUAUAAUAGCUGUUGCAUGCGCCUUUGUGAUUUUCUUUUUUGGAAUAAUAAGAUUUAUUACUCGCUCUAUGUGUCGUAAAAAGGAUAAUGACGAUGCUGAUUCUGACAGCAGAGAACAAAAUGGGGACAAUAAUAAUCAAAAUAGUCAUAAUCAUAAUCCACCUCGUCGUCCCUAUGCUACUUUUGCUACUAUUUCUGUUAUUCGCCAGAGACCUGACUAUCGACCGCAGAAUGGUUAUUCGCCACCGCCUCCAUCAUAUGGUUCCCUCAUUGAGCAAAGCUGCGAUGUGGACCCACCUGAAUAUUCUACUGUAGUUAUUCCUAAGGAGGAAGGUGAUAUUCCUAAAGAAGAGGAUGCUUUACUAGAGAAUGAAGAUCAAGGAAUGAAAAAUGCUGCCAUUCCUGAUCCACCACCACCUUAUGUUCCAUAAAUAUUUUUAAACUGUGAUAAGCAUUACUAUUAUAGAAAAUGUUUAUCAGAUUUUUUACAUUACUGAUUUCAGGUUGAUUUUUUUUUUUCGUGCAUAUGUGUGUAGUUGUGUUUUUUUUUUUUUUUUGGAAAGGUGACAUAAUAAUACAAAUCUUUUUUUUUAUUAUAAUCUAUCAGAUUUGUUUAAUUGCAAAUGUCAAAUUAUUGAAAGAUGCAAAAAGCAUUAUUUUUAAAAGCUUAAUUUUAGUUUUUGAAUUUUAAAUAUUCUAUUUUUUAAUUGUUCAAUAUAUUUUUAACCUAUCAUCAUGUGUAAAAAAAUUUCAAAAUUUUUUAACACCUUAUAUUUUUGAUAGGAACGAAUUAACCGAAAUAUUUAAAAUUUGAGACUGCGUAGUCGUAACUGCAUAAAAUUUUAACUACUUUUUAAAGAUAAUUACACAUUUCCACUCACAUAAUGCAGAACACUGAGAAUUCCCUUUGUUAGAUGGGAUGGAAUUUUUAAGAGAAAUUGCUCAUAUGGACAUUUACUUUAGAAAAUCAAUGUGUAUUUUAGUAAAAGUAAAUGCAGAAUUAAAUCUUUCCAUGUUAAAAACUUUCUUCCAGCAUUUAUUUUCUUCUUAUUUAUCUAUAAAUAAACUAGAGGAUUUAAAACAAAAUUGUAAUUUUCUUUAAUUUUUAAAUGAUGACUUUGUUCUUGAAAAAUCUGAAUUUAUAAAUUGACCAUAUGACAUAAGAAGCUAUACAUAUUCUUCUUUAUCAUGAUGCAUGUCAAUGUCAUACUUAAAUUAUAUAUUAGACUAUUAAAGGUAAUUUUGUUACUUUUUUUUUUAUGUAGAACUAUGCAACAAUCCCUAUUUCAAGCGAAGCUAAUGCUUGAAAAAUUGUAAGUUCCGUAUUUUAACUUUUCAAUGUGUAUUUCGUAUGAUUUUUUAAUCAAAGCGUUUUAGUCGUUUUUUUUAUAUAUUUAAACUUAGAAUAUUAUGAAUUUACAGUGACAAACUCUUCAGAUUGUCUUAGCAAUAAAAUUUGUAUGUUUUGAUAUUUUUCUUUUGGAAGAGAUCUUGUAAACACUUUUGGUUAGAAUUUGUUGUUUUGUUGGGAGAAGAGUCAUAAAUGUCUUAAAUAUUUUUGGAAUUGUGAGGAGAGUGUUUUUAGGCUUGAAAUGGAGUUACCUAGUAACAUAUUUGAUAAUUUUACUUAAACAGUUACUACUUAUUAUUUUUGUCAAUUGCUUUUCCUUACAUGAUGCAUGUUUUCAAACUUAUAGAUGAAGGUGUUCAUUGUUUGUUUAAGGCUUUGUUCGACUGAUAUCAAUUAUUCUCCACUUUCAUUGUCAUAACGGCUGCUAAUAUUUAGUUUGAAAGCAUAUUUGUAGAAGAAUUACAUACAUUAAGAAUAUAUUCCGCUGCAUACUUCUGACUAUCAAAAAGUUAAAAAAAAUAAAUCUUUUUGCAGACUUUAUUGUAUUUUGUGUCUUUAAAGAACCAUUUUGGAUCUGAAAUUUGUUUUGAAGCGAUUGUUCUUUAUGUGCAGGUGCUACAAAUGAUGGAAUAUAUUAAAUUCAACAAUAUUUUUAUAAACUUUUUAUCUGCUCAUUGUAUAACUGUAAGCUACCGUAAAAGGAGAUUUCUGUUGCUGCGGAAAUUCAAAAUAUCUAUCUAUACAACUAUUCAUCUGUAUAGCUAUUUUGUUAUAGUUGAACUCUGUGAAUAUUUCCAUUAUAAAGAAACAAAGAGCUUCUUAAUAGUUUGAAUGUGAUAUCUUCAUUUUACAUGCAAAUUCAUUGAAAAUAAUAGUUAUUACUACUUUGCGGAUCAAUUUAGAAAGUGCUUUAUCUUAUUAUAAUUUCAGAGUUAUCCUAAGAAACGUUCUGUAAUACCUAAUAGAAUUAUCAUAGGUGCACAUUUUUUGAAAUUAUUAAGAGGGCUUAAAAGUAUUUGCUUAUUAUGUUUAAUUUUAAUUAAAAGUGUGUGCUUUCUUCCAAAUGUUAAAUCUAUAAGAUUGUAAGAAGUAUUUUUCAAAAUAUUUGCAUUAAGUAUACUGGUAUUAGAAAUCUAUAUAUUAAUUGUACAUCUGUAGUACCUCGCAUAUUCAUUGUCUCUCACAUAUUAUAUUCUUUUAUAAUGAAUUAUGUGCAGAAAAUUUUUAUUAUUCUGAUUCUGUUUAAAUAUUCGGUAUGUCAUGCAGUGAAAUUUGUAUAUUUUUCUAUAAACAGUUUUAUAUUUAUUGUAUUUUGAAAAUAUUUCAGUACAAAUUACAUAUUUUCAUGCAGAAUGAAUUGCUCUCUAUUUAUCUUAUAGCAGCUAAAUUUGUUUUAAAUUAUGAUUACGGAUUCAAUUCAUUGUUACAGUGACAAUUUACUGUUCUGGUAUUUGUAAGACACGCACUUAUCUAUUGCUUCUAAAAAUGGAUUAUUUUGUUAAUGGAAUUGUUGUACCUUUGCAUUUUUUUUUUUUUUUUUUUUUUUUUUUUUUUUUUUUUUGUUCUGUCUUAAUUUAAACACCCAUGAAUACUUUUAAAAUGUUUAAGAAUGAAUUAAUUAUUUCAGUGAUCUUAAAAGGACAUAUGUAUCUGUAAGUUUGCAUCCCAUCUCCCAUAAUGAAGUUAAAUAUUUCUAUUGAAAAAAUUGUCUAUCAAAUUCUUAACAUUCCAUUGCAUAGUAUUUAUUAAUGCAUAAAUUUGAUUCUUAUUAUGUAUUUCGUUUUCAAUUAGUUAAAUAUGUAUUUUAAGAUUUAACGCAUCAAAACAAUGGUUUUCACUUUCAUUUUAAUAAAUAUUUAUGUUAGCUUCUCUUCAUUAAAAUAUUAUUCGUUUUGAAAAGCAUUUUCUCUCAUUGUAGUUGCUUCAUGUUAUAGUACUUAUCUACCUCAGUCAUUUAAACUAGUUGGCUACUGCAUUUUAUUAUUGUAUAUCAGCAUUUUAGAUACAAGAGUUUUUGAUAUAUUCUAUUAAGUCUAAACAGAGUCUUCAAGAUGGAUGGAAAUAGAUUACCUGUAUAUUUAAAUAUUAUAACACAAUCAUUUAGUUUUUAAAAGUAUGUUGAUAAUAUUAGAUUAUCGACUACUUUUUUUUAUUGCUUUGCAUUAUGUCUCUAGUGUUAAUGUAUUUAAUAAGCUAUUAAUUUUUCAUUAAUUAAAAUUUCUUAUUAAAGAAAUUUCAUCAAAAUUUUUAGAAGCUUGAAUUUUUUAGUGAUAUUUCUCUUUAGAAUAUGUCAGUAUCAGAGCAUUAAAUUUUAUACAAUUCAACCAAUUAAUAUGAUGCUUCAAAGUCAUCUUUUAAAUGCUUAUCUUAAUUUACUAAGUAUUUCAAAUAGCAUUGUCAUUAUUAAAAUAAGUGCUCUGUAUUUACACCAUCUGGCAAUUUACAUGUUAAAUUAUGGUUGAUAAGAAUAUACUUUUCAUUUACAUAUAUACACAUUUUUUUGUGUCUGAUAUUUACUUUGUUUGAAAGUCACUGUAGUUUGAAUUUUUCAUAUAAGGUUUUGCAAGUUCAGUGAAUGAAACUUCUUAAGAAUCAACAUGCUGAAAUAGCUACCUAAACAGUUACCUUAAUAAAAUAUUUUUAUUUUGUUAAAUAAAAUAAAGUAGUUCACAUUACCUCAUUUGAUCAUAACUUGAAUAUCCUGAGAAUCGAUGCACAUUUGUAAAAAGAAAUGUUGGCAUUCUUAAAUGGUGAAGGUAUCCUGUUUUAAGAACUUCACACAUUUAUUCAUUUGUUCAUUAAAGUAUAUAAAGUUUUUAAGCUCAAAUCUUUACACACAUAGAUUACUUUGAUACUAUUUUAUUCUAGAGGGGAUAUUUCAAACUUCCUCAACUUUUUUGUAUUUAUUUAAAAUGUCUACAGUUAAAAUAAUGACUAUUAAUACAUAUACUUUACAAUUUUAAAAUAAGAGUGCCAUAAGAAAUGGCUAAUUGUCUUUAUUUUUAUUCUUGUUAUAUAAGAUUUUAUACAUUGUAUAAAAAUCUAAAAGUAUAUAUCUGCAUUUCCAUGCAUUUAAGUAUCUUGUGAUAAGAAGUGCCCUUAAUAUAAUAUUUUAAUAUCAUAUUUUUAAAAAAAUAUAAUUGUAUUACUGUAAUGUUAAAAAAUUAAAUCUUAUGUAACGGAACAAUUUUGCAUAGCAGCAUUUAUUUACAAGGAAAUAUCUAUAUUCUGAAAAAAUUAUUUUGCUGCAUCCUAUGAUAUUUUACAUAUUGACAAAUAUUUUAUGAUUGUGGUUUUAUAUGUAUGUUCACUUAAAAUUACUAAUGUAGAAAAGUUUUAAAAUCAAUUCGAUAUUUUGUCAUUUUUUAAAAAAUUCUUAUUUGGUUAUGUGUAUUAUUUAUAAUAUAUUUUAAAGUUUUAAUUUUUUUUUUAAAUUUCUUGCCUUACUGAAAUAAGCACAAAACAGUUUUGUAAUCCGAGAAAAAUUAUUCUGUUUUGUACACUUCUGAAGAACAUUUAUUUUGUGUUUAGACUUAUAAUAUAUAAAGUAUUUAAUACAUUGUGAAGUGUUUAUGCAUGUGUCUAUUGCAUUAUACUGUGAAGUUUAGUCAUUCAUCAGGGAGUUGUUUUACAUAUUGAGCUGCUUAUUUUUUGGUUUUUACAUUUUCCCCCCAAAAUAAAACUUAAUUGCAUGAGCAUAAGUGUCAAAUAUUUCUUAUAACGAGUUUUGUAUUCUGAUAUGUUAUAUAUUAAAAAGAAUGGUUGUA